AUGUCCGGUCGUCGUCUCUACAUUGGUCAUCUCGGCCCUGAUGUGCAACGUCAGGAUCUGGGUACGUGCCUCCUGUGUGGUGUGCUGGGGGUGCGGGUGGUGGGAGCAGCGCGGUGCACGGUGCGGGAGCAGGCGGCGGUUUUUGGGGGUGGUGAUCACCGCGUCUACUCCCUCCAUGCCGUCCAGCACCCGUCCAUCGAACAGUGCACCACCCACACUUUCUUGAAGCCUGUACUGAUGUGCUCGCUUUGAUCACAGAGGGCUACUUCAGUCCGCUCGGCCGCAUCGUCGACAUCCGCGUCAUGGGCGGCUUCGCCUUUCUCGAGUACGAGGACCUCAAGGACGCCGAAGCGGCUGUCGCCGAUCUGAACGGUCGUGAUUUCAUGGGCGAUCGCAUCUCGGUCGAGUUCGCCAAGCCGCCUCGUCCCCGUGAAGAUCGGUGAGUGCACACGCGUUCCUGACCCAACUCUCGCACACCCUUUCCUGACAACCCCCCCCCCCCCCCCCCCGCCCCCCGAGUGGUGAUGCGCACAGCUUCGGACCCCCUCGUGGUGCACCGGGCGGCUACGGUGAUCGCGGUGAUCGAGGUGGAUACGGCGGUGACCGUGGUGGUGGAUACGGUGGCGAUCGUGGAUACGAUCGUGGUGGAUACGGCGGUGGUGGUGGCGCCUACGAUCGUCCCCCUCCCCGUGGACCGCCUCCCCCUCGUGGAUUCAGGCUGGUCGUCAAUGGCAUUCCGGACGGCGUCUCGUGGCAGGUUAGUGAAGAGCUUUCUAUCAUCCUUUGACGUGCUUUCGGCUUGGUUCGCAUCGGAUCGCGCGCGGCUCCCACCUCCAAGAGCCGGAAAACUCGGCGUCGUUCUAACAUUCUUUCACAGUGAGCUGGCUCAUGCUCAUGUAGCCUCGGCGCGUUUCCGAACCGGCGCGGCGCGUGGGCGAGACGGUCGCGAUUCUCCUCGCUCCGUUUCGUUACCUUUGGGACGUUUGGCAUGGCGCCCUUUCGCUCGCUCGUUCGGUCGGUCCGGUCCGGUCCGGUCGUGUGGCGGGCUUGGUUCGCGUUUUCGUUUCGGCUCGAGGCAACUCGUUGGCGUUGGCGUGGCGCUUUCCGAACGGUCGUAGGACGCGUUGUCGUGGACGGUCCCUGGCGCGGUGCAUCCACUGCGCGAAUCUGGCUUUUCGUUUCCGGGUCCGGGUCGUUUCGUUCCGCUUCGUUUCGUUUCGUGCUUUGGCGGGUCGCAGUCGUUGGCUCGAAGGGCUGGUUUGGCGAAUCGUCGAUGGUGCUCGCGUGACGCUUUUUUGAACCCGAAAGACGGCGUAUCCCUCUGGCGGAGGUUUCAUUUUGCCUGUCGCGAACCGUCCUUUUACCCGAUGACGCUCGCUCGCUAAGUGGUUCAGCUCGCCGGGUGGUCUUCUCCGUUGCGGGUCGGCUCGGGUCGUUCCGUUCCUCCAUCUCUCGGGACCUUGGCUUUCUCACCAAAAACUCGUUUCAAAGUGGCCGUGGACGAGGGACGCUCUGCGGAAAACUAAUUCAACUCCGUCGUCUCCCCACUCUUCCCUUGGCUCCACCUCUCGCCACCCGUUCGGUUCCGACUUUCCCACCCCCUCGUAGGACCUCAAGGACUUUGGUCGCACAGCCGGCAACGUUGGUUACUCCGACGUCGAUCGCAACACCGGAACCGGGUGAGUGUGGAUUCGGAGGCAACGCACCCCCUGUUUUUUUAUUUACGACAUUGGCGCGUGUGCUGACUCGUACCUGACGUUUGGUCCACCUUUUUACUCACCUAGAUACAUCGAGUACGGUUCGCGCAGCGAUGCCGAUGAGGCGAUUCGCAUUUUGAACAACACCCAGUUCAACGGCGCGACCGUCACCGUUGAGGAUGCUGUACGUUCUUCGCACUCACGUAAAAUGAUCAGUCAAUAUCGUCAAACUGACGAGAUUGCGUCCACCCCUGUUCUAGGCGCCCGGUGCCGGAGGAUCUCGUGGUGGAGGGGGAGGAGGCUACGACUCCCGACCCCGCUACGACGAUCGCGGCGGCGACCGCGGUUACUCCUCUCGCGGUUCCGACCGUCGCGACGACCGCGACGACCGUGGACCGCCUCCCCGUCGUGACGAGCGCGAUGAUCGUCGCGACGAUUACCGUCGUCGUUCGGUCUCCCCCGCUCGUAGGGAUAGGUCCCCCGAACCUCGUCGAUCGGCCGGUGCGGAUGUGGGUGGAAGGAGCCCGCCUCCUCCUGCCGCUAGGGACGAUUCGGGUUGGUGA